AUGAAGUUCUACAUGAGAAAGGACAGCUGUGUUGGUAGCAGUGGGGAGAGAGCUGGGAGGAUCAAAGAGAGAAUGAUAUUUAAUUAUAAGACUAUAGCCCACGCCAGCCCUGCCCCAGCUGAAGGCACCUGUGAGAUGGAAAGCAGCUGGGAGCCCACACCUCUCAGAGGGACCAAGAGAAAGGCAAAAGGAGAUCCUAAAGGUGACAAGGUGAAGGUGAAGGAUAAGCCACAGAGUAGAUCGGCACAGUUGUCUGCUAACCCUGCUCCUCCAAAACCAGAACCCAGGCGUAAAAAGUCUGCUGUAAAGAAAGGAGAGAAGUUGCCCAAAGGGAGAAAGGGGAAAGCAGAUGGUGGCAAGGAUGGGAGCAAUGCUGCAAAGAACCUAGAUGCUUCCACAGUCCAGUCACAGAAAGCAGAACACACUGGGAAUACCAAGUGAAGUGUAUGUUUUUGAUAGCUCUGUGCUUCUAGUGCUCUGUGCUACUGUUUCAAAUACUAUUUUUCUUCAGUCAGGUUUUAUGAAAACGUAAAAUUUGGUUUUUUCUUUCAAACUGAUGUUGUUAGCAUACAAGACACAUUGUUGUUG